UUUCAGAAACCGAAGAAGAGUGAUAAGAACGAAGGAAAUGUUACAACUUGGCCUUCUUGCCGCUGGCCAUCUCCCUAUUUUCUUUGCAAUGUUCUUUACAUUAAUGCUAAGCACAUCGUAUGUGCUGGCAGUAUGGCAAGGUGAUGUAGAUCCGGUUUUUCCGUACAUUUCAUCUUCUGGAGAUCGUCGUCCAGAAUCGUGUAUCUUCAGUAUGAUGCUCAAUUUAUGCUCGUUUCUGCUAAUGCUUAUCAUUUAUUUAAGGUACUCGUUAGUAGUUGAACUCAACCGGGACUCAGACCAUCGCCUGAAACGCUUGAAUAUUUUUACACUCGCUAUCGGUAUGAUUGGUGGAAUUGGGAUGUUUGUUGUCGCCAACUUUCAGGAAUCAGCUGUUAUUAUUGUACAUUUAAUUGGAGCAUUUCUAUGUUUCGGGUGCGGAUGUUUUUAUAUGCUUUUGCAAUUUUGUCUUACCGUUUACAUGUGUCCAUUAUACAACAGCCGUCGAAUUGGUUUCAUCCGUGGUGCAGUGGCAUUAUUUGCCCUGCUGUGCUUUAUCACAGUUGUUUCAUUUGGUGUAGCUGCAUCAAAUGAAUUUCACAAGCAUUAUCCUGAUCAGCCUACACCGCGGCCUUGGUCCAGAAAAACAAAGCAACCCGGUUACAAUCUUCACUGCAUUUCCGCUAUUGCUGAAUGGUGUUUAGCAAUAUGCAACGUGUUAUUUAUAUUGAGCUUCUCUCGCGAUUUUGAGAAACUUCGUGUUGAAUUGAAUGUGCAACCGCUAGUUUCGCACUUGGAUCACAGUCCGCUGUGGCGCUCCGCUACCGAUCUUAGUUCACCAUAUUGAUGGUGAAACGUAUACUUGUAAUU